AUGAAUAGUGAAAUCGAUGAUAUGAUACUUGAUUUAGCUUAUGAGAUUCAUUCAUCAAUUAAAGGAAUACCUCAAGAACAAAUUCAAAUAAAUAAUUUUGAAAAUAAAAAAACGUCAAUUGAAAAACAAACUUGUAUUUGUCCAAAUUGUGGUCAAACAAAUUUAAUAGCCAUUAGAUUUGCUUAUCAUUUAGCGAAAUGUCUUGGUGCUGGAAGACAAUCAUCUCGCCAAGCUCAACGUCGAAUUAUUGAUCAAAUUAUGAUAAUAACAGAUUCAGAUGAAAAUCGAUCCAAUGGAAAUCAUUUUUAUAAAGAUAUGGAAACAAAUUCUAUAUCAGAAGAUGGAAGUUCAUGUACAGAUUCCACAUCAAGUACAAUAACAUUAACUAGUUCACAUAAAACUCAUCUUCGUAUAUCAAAUGAAGAUAAAGAUUAUAUUGAUGAUUUUGAUAAUGAAGAAGAAGAAGAAUGGAAACCAAAGAAGAAAAAACAACGUGUAACGAAUAAUAAAAAUAAAAAUAAGAAAAAAAAAGAUGUACUUCUUGUUGUAUCUCCAGCAACUACGAAACUUGAUUUUCCCAAUUGUAUUAUUCCAUUUAAUAAACUUUGUCCGGUGGCAACACGUACUGUGAUACCUUUAGUUCCACUUCCAAUCAGUUCAAUGACAUCAAAUAGUGAUAAAAUAUUCUUUAAAAGUCAACAAGUAUCAUCACUUCCAUCUGAAUCUUCACAUUAUUUUGUUCAAUCCCCAUUAAAUCUAGUCGACGAUGAUCAAUCAUCAAUUAUUAUCUUUAAAGAAGAUAUUAAUAAUUGA